CACAGCACCUGACCCACCCGCCCACCACCACCCCUGGGUGUUUGUCCUGAGAGCUGGGAGCAGACGGGGAGAGACGGUAGUGAAGCCUGGGCUGACGGAGGAGAAGCGACCACCGAGGCGCCGGCAGGGACAAAAGGAUAGCAGGGGAGGACGGAGAGCAAGGGCACCCCGAGCAGGAGGAGAAGCCACGCAGCAGGAGUUGUUAGCAGGAGGAGUGUUGACGUUUAACCGAAGAUGAGUACGUACACAGUGACUCUGAAUGGCCCCGCUCCAUGGGGCUUCAGACUACAGGGAGGAAAGGACUUCAACAUGCCGCUCACCAUCUCCAGGAUAACCCCGGGCAGCAAGGCAGUGGGCGGGAGCCUGGCCCAGGGCGACAUCAUCUCAGCCAUCGACGGGGUCAGCACCGAGGGGAUGACACACUUGGAGGCCCAGAACAAGAUCAAGUCUGCCACCAACAAACUGUCACUCACCAUGCUGAAAUCGAGACGUCCCGCACCCGUUCCCACAGCUACUCCAAGGAUGGACUCACCCAUGCCAGUCAUCCCCCACCAGAAGGUUAUCGCGAACACAGCUGCAAACGUGGAGUACACCCCCAGCUUCAACCCCAUAGCUCUGAAAGACUCUGCCCUGUCCACCCACAAGCCCAUCGAGGUGAAGGGUCCGGGGGGAAAGGCCACCAUCGUUCACGCCCAGUACAACACACCAAUCAGCAUGUACUCACAGGACGCCAUCAUGGACGCCAUCGCGGGGCAGUCGCAGGCUAAGGGACACGACAGUGAGGAGGCGGGCUCCCCCUUGGCUGGAGCUCUGCCCGUCAAGGACCCUGUGGUAGACUGCGCAUCUCCGGUUUACCAGGCAGUGAUCAGGCCAGGAGAGACCCAGGACAUGUCUGAAUGGGCUCGUCGUGCAGCCAACCUGCAGUCCAAGAGCUUCAGGAUCCUGGCCCACAUCACUGGCACUGAAUACCUGCAAGACCCAGAUGAGGAAGCCUUGCAGAAGUCGAGGGAGAAGUUUGAGUCGGAGGUGAAAGGACCCCGCUUUGCCAAGCUGAAGAACUGGCACCACGGACUGUCUGCACAGAUCCUCAACGUCCAGGAAUAAAGAGGAGCGGGAGAGAAAGCGAGAGAGAGGACAUGUAAAGGAGGACAUGGACAAAAGUACAGAAGUUAACAAGGAAAAGGGGAUAAAUUAUGGAGGGAAAAAAACGGAGCAGGAGGGGGAGGAAACUCCUCAAGAAUGUGAGACAGUGUUGUAGCCUAGAUUAGUAGAAUGUGAGAUACUAAGUGUUAGUGUGAGAAUGCUCAUAGCUUGAUAUUACCUGUCAAAUGUGUCUGUCCGCCGCUAAGACCUGACCUCGCAUAUGGGUUUUUCUUUCUUUCUUUGUUUCCUGUUGGUUUCGGUUCUGUCUCUCUGAAACGAGAGGGAAAUUGUACAAAAAACAAUAAGUAUUCAAGUGAAAAUGCUGAACUGAUGAUGUUUCUUUUAGUACAUAAACUGCAUUCACAGGCGUAUGAAUUUUAACACGAUGAGCAUGCUUGUGAGAAGGCGCACAAGUACAAAUACACACAUAGAGAUUUACCUACAUGCACAAAUACAGUAUGUAAAAAAAAAAUGCACUCAAAACAUGUACUGAUAUCAAUGUGAAUAAAUGUUUUCUUUAAACCAUA